AAAUCCUGCUUUUUACAUCUACGCAUACAUAAAAAUUGAGGUGUAGAGAGAGAGACGGUUGUGAUGGCUGGUCGUCGACACGAUUCCAACCCGUUCGAUGAUGAAGAAGUGAAUCCUUUCGCGGACCAAGAUCAGGAGAGGGGUCAAUCAAAUUAUGGUGGGGGCACAUUUUUCAUGCCAAACUCAUCUGCAAACUCAAAGCUUUCACCUCUUCCUCAUGAACCUGCUGACUACAAUCGUGGGGCUACAGUUGAUAUUCCUCUUGGUGGUUCCAUGGAUUUAAAAAAGAGAGAACAGGAACUUCAAGCUAGAGAGGCUGAACUGAAGAAAAAGGAACAGGAGCUGAAAAGAAGGGAAGAUGCCAUCUCACGAGCUGGAAUUGUCAUUGAGGAAACAAAUUGGCCAGCAUUUUUCCCCAUAAUUCACCAUGACAUUGCAAAUGAAAUCCCAGUCCAUCUACAAAGGUUGCAAUAUGUUGCAUUCACCACAUUUUUGGGUAUAAUAAUAUGUCUCUUGUGGAAUGUUGUAGCCAUCACCUUAGCUUGGUCCAAGGGGGGAGGUCCAAGCAUUUUGUUUCUUGCUAUCAUAUAUUUCCUAGCCGGCGUCCCAGGCUCCUAUGUGUUAUGGUAUCGUCCUCUUUAUCGUGCGAUGAGGACAGAUAGUGCUCUGAAAUUCGGAUGGUUCUUCUUAACUUAUUCGUUGCAUAUUGGCUUCUGCGCAUUUUCCUGCGUUGCUCCCCCAAUAAUUUUCAAAGGGAAUUCCUUGACUGGAAUCUUGCCUGCAAUCGACCUUUUAACUGCAAAUGCUCUGGUUGGGAUAUUCUACUUCGUUGGAUUUGGACUCUUCUGCAUUGAGACAUUGAUCAGCAUAUGGGUGAUUCAGCAAGUUUAUAUGUACUUCAGAGGAACUGGAAAAGCUGCAGAAAUGAGGAAGGAGGCUAUGAUGGCAGCAUUAUAACACGAAAAUCAACUUUGGAAUUCUUGGACUCAUUGGCUGUUCUAUUCUUGGUGCUAUAGCUUUGCAAUAGAUCAGAAAUUAGACUCUUUUGGCUGCCAUUUGAUUUCAUCAUCAACAAAUCUUGGUUUUUGAUGCAUGGAGAGGAAUGCAUUUCCUUUGCCAUUUUUGGCAUCUUUUGUUCUUGUUAGAUCUUUUCUAAGUAUAGUGGUAUCAUUUAGUUCUCUAGCCUUAUUAUCUUUGUCAAUGUUUUACACUUUUUAGAUAAAGAGAGGUAGAAAUAGAAAUCGGUAUCAUGCAGUCGAGAUUCGAUAUAUGUAUAAAUCUCAACUUCU